AUGACCGAGACGCAAGCGUUAGAGUGUCGCGGAUCGAGAUGUGCAUUUAGUAUUGAUGCAAUAUUACACGGUACUGAACCGAUCCAGUCAAGAUAUUCGACAUUCCGAGCACAGGAAUCAGUCCGAACGGAUCUCAUACCAAAAGACGAUCUGCCGCAACAGUGCAACUCGACUCGGUACACAUGGGUUCCCAACUGGAGUCCAACUAUCGAAUCCACUUGCCCACAUUGGUUACCAACACUGGAAUCGGUCCGGAACAGUUUGCAAUACCAUACGUGGUUUCACGAUUCGAUUCCUGGUUGUCAGACGAAUGAUCCCAGCACCAUCUCCACCGAACCAAACACAUCUGUGCUGCCGCGUCGGCAAACGAAAUCCAUCUGUUCCACCAUAUCGUCAACUCCUGGGCGAAAUCGCAGUGCGCGAAUCCCAUUCACCACCGAGCAGGCACGUGUUUUGGAAGAGAAAUUCACGCAGUCCCACUAUCUGAGCGGAUACGAAGUAACCAAAUUGGCUAAGCGGUUGCAGCUUUCUGAGACACGGGUAAAAAUAUGGUUUCAAAAUCGUCGCGCCAGAGAGCGCAGGGACUUGCAACAUCUGAGAUCCAAUCCGCAUCGGACCAGUGACAUCAAUUUGCAUCAGCUGUCUGUUGAACUCCGUCGGGAUUCCACGGGGGUGCAUUUUCCAGUCGAGCAUUUCCUGAGAUCGAAAGAUAUUACUUUUGAUUUGCAUCAAGCAACGAACCUGAAUGGUCGUUCUGCGUCCGACUUUACUUCAUCCUGUGUGUUACCAGCUAAUUGCCCGGAAAUCACAUCUGCCAGUUAUGUGCGUCUGCUCAAUGUCCAGCUUCAUGCACAGCGGAACCAAUCUAACGCAUUUCCCCCCUAUCUGCCCCCAACCACCAUGACACGCGUAUCCAACCGUGUCAAUGAGUCGCCCCUAUCUGAUGGGGUUUCCAACGCACUGAGCAUAAAGCCGGAAACCGGAGUCUGA